UUAGAGAUACCUCGUCCCUCAAAUCGGCUUCACCGCCCCUGCCGAUAAAUUCAGCUUACGCUCUAUCCUUAUAUUCCUACAUCCAUAGAUUCAACGAUGCAUCAGACGGAUUUUACGUUUUCGGUGGUAUUACUCAACGGUGGGUCAGAUGUGUAAGAAUAUCGAGUUAAAGUUGGUUAGAGUGAUAUUCCAAAGUUCUCUCUCACACUGGAACACGUGAAAUAAUUGUGGACGCUCAAAAUGUCACAGAAAGCAGCUUUAUUGCAUUGUUAUCAUCGAGGUUGCGGUAAAAAAUUCGAUCCUAAUGAUAAUAAGGACGAUGAUUGUGUUCAUCAUCCAGGACAGCCUAUAUUUCAUGAUGCAUACAAAGGCUGGUCCUGUUGUAAUAAAAAAUGUACAGACUUUACAGAAUUCUUAAAUAUUAAGGGAUGUACAAAAGCCAAGCAUUCGAAUGAAAAACCAUCAGAGCCAGAAAAACGACCUAUUGAUAAAACCAAAGUUGAUGAAAUAAUAGAAGUUGUUUCCAAGCCAGGGAUCAAUAAUUCAACAUUGGACAGGCCUUCUUUUGACACUCCACAGCUACAGUUGUCACCAACGAUAUCUCAGACUCUAUUAGAACAAGUUAAAGGAUUGACAGCUUUAGAGACUAAACCUGCACUAGCUGAAGUACAAAUAGGACAAAAUUGUAAAAAUAAUUCUUGUAAAGUAACCUACAAUGGUGCUGAUUCCAAUGAGGAAGUUUGUAUUUUUCAUUCUGGAGUACCAAUUUUUCAUGAAGGAAUGAAAUAUUGGUCCUGUUGUCAAAAAAAGACAACAGAAUUCUCUGUGUUUCUAGAUCAACGAGGUUGCUCUCUAGGAAAACAUGUAUGGUUUUCUAAGGACAUGGGAAAAAAGGUUCAAUGUAGGAUGGAUUGGCAUCAAACUGGCACAUAUGUAGUUGUUUCUGUAUAUGCAAAGAAAUAUGUACCCAAUCAAUCUGUUGUAAAAUUGAAUCCUAUUCAUUUGACUGUUGAUUUAUUCUUUAUAGAGGAAAACUCGAGAUACAACCUUGAUAUAGAAUUGGGAGGAAUUGUUGAUGUUAACAAUAGUAGCGUAAAUAUGUUACCAACUAAAGUAGAAAUUAAAUUGAGAAAGGCUGAGCCUGGCUCAUGGUCCAAAUUGGAUAUACCAAGAAAAGAAUUAGAAGCCAGUGAAAGCAAGGAAAAUGUUACAAAUCUUAAUGCACAAGUGGAAGCUGUUGAUCUUAACGACCUUUAAUUGUUAGAAAAUCUUUUCGACUGUAAUAACUUAAUUAACUGGAGUGGUUUAUUCUAAUCUAAAACAUAUAUAUAACACCAAUAUGUUUCAUUUGUUUAAAGUUAUAUAAGUUAUGAGUACAUCCAGUACAUAUGGCAUUAUAAUGAAGAAAUAGAUAUAAUUUCUUUGCAGAAUUAUUUCAGAUAAUGUGAUCUCUGUAAAGUUAAUUUUUUAAAUAUAAUUAUGACUUGGUUCUGUGAGAUA